CUGUAGCGAGCCACGCUCAUCUCUGUCGCUCGCCAGCUGCAGCAGAUCCAGACGCAGAUCCACCAGAGCGCCGCUCCAGGCCACCCUGGGCCGGGCUUCAACAUGAUGCCCAUGCCCACGGGCUCGCCGCAUCACCAGCAGAUGCCGCAGCCCUUUGUGCCGAUGCAGUCGCGCCAGCUCUCCAGCAGCGGCCUCAACCCGGCGGCAAGCGCGUUCCCGUUCCCUGCGCCGACGGCCAUGGGCGGCACGAGCCCGCGCUUCCACCCGGCGAGCCUGCAGUCUGGCGGCCUCAGCCCCGGCGGCUUCGGCUCGGAUGCAGGCAUGAGCCACAGUCCUGGCGCCGUGAGUCCGGCUGAAGGGCCGUGGGGACGGCCACCGCUGUCGCCGCAGCCGUAUCCCGGCACGCCGGGCGCGAGCGCGCCAGUCGGCUUCGCCAACUCGCCGGGAGCCGGCACGCCGGGCAUGCGUGGUGGACGCAGAGGCCGUGGCCCGCCGCAGAACCAACCAUUCAAGAUCUCCGGCCACAACUCGAAGCCAUCGGUGAGCCUGGCUCCGGCAGCCAGUAAUGCCGCGACCCAGGCGCAAAAUGACGGCGCCGAGGAAGAGGUCAUCGAGGCCAAAGCGGAGGCUGCCCGUGCCGGCGCCCUGCUGCGUGCCGCAUGGCGCCGCCGCGAGCCGCUGGCUCUGUCCGCCGAGGAGUGGAAGAAGGUUCACGAGCGACAAGCCGAAGAGGCCGCACUGCCUGCAGACUGCACACUGUCGCGCAUGGCGUGGCCGGAGCCCGAGACGGUGUACACCAGCAUCGACAUCUACCUGCCGGGCAACGUCGCGUGGGACGAAUAUCGCGAGCAGCGUCUGGAGGAGAAGCUGCAAGAGCUGGGCGCGUCGAUGGAGCCCGCAGCACUGCAGCCUCCAUGGCUCGUCGAGCCUGCAGAUGACGCCUCUAUGGACGCCGUCGUCUACGACGCUUCUGCGAUCUCCACGCCAGCGGACCCGACGCUCGUGUCUGACCGGCUCAGCAGCUAUCUGCAGUCGCAGGCCUCGGAUCCGCAAGAUCCACCCACUGCGCCGCCUGUCCCACCAUUCGGCCGCUUCUCCGACUUCCUGCCGGCUGGCCUGCGCAAAGCAGCGGCAGAGAAGCUGGUCAAGAGCAGCAGCAGCCCGGCGCACGGCCAGACUAUGUCACUCAGCGUGCCUCACUCGGGCCAGCCCUUCGGACCCUCUGCGCUCGACGCGAUGGGCCUGAGCAAGUCCGCCGAGCGCGCCGCGUCCGACACUGAGCAGGACGAUGCUCCAGCGCUUGGUGACAGGCCCGAGAUGCAACGAGGCCUGUCAGAGUCCGCUCUGCAGACCAGCUCGUCCGCUGCGGCAAGCGCAGAGCCCGCAGAUGGCCCUGAAGAUGCGAAGAGCUCGGCAGCCUGGAAGGCGCUGGGCGCUGGCUUCGGCUACGACAUCGCCGAGGACGACGAGGCCAACAGCGAUGCCCAGUCCGAGUCCGAGCGGCAAGCAAAUGGCCAGGGCGACGUCGACAUGCGCACCAACCCCAGCGAGGACGGCGACAUGUCGGAGGACGAUGCGCUGGCAGAGGACACUUCGUACGACGAUCAGGGCGCCGACGGCGCCGACUACUACGGAGAGGAGGGCGAAGACGAGAGCAUCGGCAGCCUCGACAGCCUCACCGACUCCCUCACGCCGUCGGACGAGGAGUUCAGCAACCCUUCCGACGAGGAGGCGGCUCGCGAGGCGCGAGGCCAGCGUCGUGCCCUGCGUGCUGAGCUACGUGCUGCCCGGCUCAUCGCGCGCGACCGGGCCCUGGCUGCGCAGCGCCGCAAGCACGGCAGAAGCACGACGAACGACACGCUGCCGAGCUCGAGCAUCGGAGGCAGCAUGCCGGGCUCUGGCGCGUGGGCUCGCCUGACGCGCCCCGACGACGAACUGGCCAGCAAUCCGUCGGACGACGAGCCAGCCAGUCGCUCCUUCGCAGGCCGGCACGGCCCGCUGGACCACGUCGACCGCACGCACGCGUCUGGCGAGGAACGCCUCAGCCAGGACUUCCGCUUUCCGCACGAGGCCUCCACCGGGCACUCACAGUCGGGCUCAGACCAGGGCCGCUUCGCCUUCCGCCCGCCGGGCACCGUCGGCCGAUCGGGCCUCAACCCCGGAGCCAAGGAGUUCAGCUUCGGCGGACGUUCGUCGCAAGGGCCCAUGCCGCCGCAAGCCGGCGGCACCCAGCCGCACUUCCGGCUGCCGAGCAUUCCGCACUCCAGCUUCGGCAGCUCGGCGCUCGCUGGCAUGGAUCGCGACCCCGCGCUCAGCGCCGCUGCACCGGCCUUCACGCCGGGCGCCUUCACCUUCACGGCGCCGGGCGGCGCGCCGAAGCUCGGACUGCCUGCUGCGCCUGGCGCGCCCGACGGCGAGAGCGCGCGCGACUCUCAAGGCAGAGAGAAGCGGCAGCGCUUCCGAGAUGGCGGCGAGGAGGAUGCCGAGUUUGACCCGACGUACAAUCCGGCCCUCGCAGACCAGCUUUCGCGCCCACGGCACUCUGCUGCCAGCAUCGAAGGUCCCAUGCGCGAUGCUGGCUCCCUCGGUCCGCCGCCCUUCCGCCCGGCGGGCAGCGGACUGUCGACCAUCUUCCAGUCUCCGCUGCAGCCAGGCGAUGCGCAGUUCUCGCAGGCACACGGCUUGCAGCCAGAGGCGCCGUCGUUCCUUCCGUCUUGGAGCCGGAGCACUGCAGCUGGAACUGCGCCCAGACGGCCAGGCAUUCCGAGCUUCGCAGCUGCCGGGAUGCCCGACUUUGUUCGCGCCAGCGACAACAAGGCGGUGCCCAUCCGCGUUCCAGGAGAUGGAGACGAGCGCUCGCAGCCGCAACAUACUGCAGACGUGCCGCGCAACGCCUCUGACCUGGCUGAUCUCGAGAGGGAGACAGGCUACGAUGACGACCCGGAGCGCGCCACUCGGCGACGUGGCGGUGCCUCACGGCGCGAUGGCUUCCCGGCCGGUCACUCGCACGCGCUGGACAUUCCGCAUCCCCAGCAGGCGCGUCGGCGCUCUCACCAGCGCGGAGACUCGUCGAGCAGUCUCGGCGCGUCGCUCGACCGCCGGCCGACUCGUGCCCGGCGCGAGCCUGUCUCGCGCGGCUACGCUGACCUGGGCGACGAGGACGAGUCGGACAGCGACGUCUCCGACAUCAUCGAGGAGAUCGGCGAGCGUGUUGACAAGGCGCUCGAAGGCUGGGCAGGCAAGAUCCUGGACGAGGUCACGAUCAUGGGCCAGGUCCGCCCGCCGUCGCAUGCCGGCUACGACCGCCGCGCGAUCAUCGACGCCAUCGAGGACACGCUCGGCGACUGGUUCGACCGGCUCAAGGAGGCUGCACUCGAGCGGCGCUCGGUCGAAGGCCCGUCUAGCGACGGCGCGGACGACUCGUCGACGACGGUGCGGGCGCUCAGCCGCACCGCUUCGCACUCUGCACUCACCGGUCACGGCCCGCUCGAUGCUCAGGGCGAGCUGGACUUUGACUUCGUGCAAGAGGUGCUCGAUGCCAAGAUUGCCACGCUGAAGCAAGACCUCACCGCCGCUUUCGACACAUCGCUGCCUCGCGCGCUCGCCGAAGCUGCGGCGCUCAGAGAGCAGGCAUCAGCGGCUGAAGCGGCGCGCGCUGCCGACGCUCCGGUGCCCACGCAGCCGAUCGCAUCGGUGCUGUCGGACGCCGCUGCAGAGACCCUUUGCACGCUUCUCGUUGACAGGAUGCAGCCAGUCAUCGAAGGCGUCGAGGCCGCCACCAGCAGCCAGCGUCGGACAGAGCUUCUCGACGCGCUCGAACCGCUUCUGGAGCAGCAUCUCGACCGCACGCAGCACAAGGCAGCCGCAAACCGCGAGGAGGCCGGACAUGCUUUCGCCGAGGAGAUGCGCUCGGAGCUGGCGUCUCGCUUCGGCCAGCUCGAGGAGAAGGUGCUGCAGAACCGCGAGCAUCUGCGCGAGAGCUUCGAGGAGCAGCUGCAGAUGACGAUGAUCAACAGCAUCAUCCCGCACCUGGAGACGCUGCACCCAGAGCCUCUGGACCCGGAGGUCAUCGCAGCCCGCGUCACGCAGAUCGUCGCGCCCAUGCUCGAAGACCGGGCCGACCGCCCUCACGCUGCAGACGCCACGCCAUCUGGUCCGUCCUUCAGCGUUGACGAUGUUGUCGACGCCCUGCACCCGAUGAUCGCGUCGAUUAAGUCCGAGCCCAUCGACACCGACUCGAUCGUCCGCAGCAUCGGCGAGGUCGUCGGACGCCAGUCGCUGGAGCACAUCGUCGACCUCACGCCCGUGCUCGCUCUGCUUGAGCCGGUCCGCGCUCACCAGGAAGAGCUGCGCAGCAUGGCCAGGCGCAUGAUGGAGCGCCAGCGUGACGCCGAGAUUCAGCUCGGCGAUCUCCCGUCCGCUCUCAACGCCAAGACAGAGGUCUUCCUGUCGAGCGCGCAAGAGCAGCAGCAUCUCUCGCAAAGCAUUCUGCAGCGCGUCGCCGAACUGGCAGACGCUGUGAGAGCUGCUGCCACUACGCUGCCGACAGCAUCGCCUGACAGGAGUGCCGAAUUUGCGAUGCUGGAGAGCCGUAUCGACCGCGCCGAGCGCGACUCGCAAGAAGUGAGCGAGCAGAUCGUGGCGCUGCGCGCCCGCGAGCAAGAUGCCAUCGAGCGCGCCCACGCCGCCGAGCGCUCUGCAGACGAGGCGCUCGCCAAGGUGCAGGAGAAGGAGGCCGCUCGCGUCGCCGCGCAGCGCAAGAACGAGCUGCUCUCCGACCACGUCAAGGUGCUGCAAGAGGAGCUCCGCGUCAGUCAUGAAGAGCGCGCACGCGAGCGGGAGACGGCUGCACAAGCCACCGCCGCUGCCCUCGCCCGCGCGGAGAAUGCCAGUGCCCGUGCGAGCAAGCUUGAGCAGAGCGCCGCCGACGCUCAGGAGCGUGCCGAUGCUCGCGUCGACGAGGCUGCACGCAUUGAGCGCCUGGCCCAGCACGAGGCUCGUGAAGCAGCAGAGCGUGCCGCCAAGGUCGAGGGCCAGCUCGAGGCGCUGGAGAAGCGCCUCGGCGACCAGGACACCAAGAUCGCUGCACUGCACGGCGUCACCGCGACGCAGAAGCAGAAGGCGGCGCAGUCGCAGCAGCGCCUUGCCGAGAACGAACGGAAGCUCAAAGAGCUCGAGAGCACGUCGGAGCAGCUGGCUGUGGCGAACGCUCGCCUUGUGGACAUGGAGCGGGCGCGCGACGACACCGAGGGCCGCCUUCGCGAGGCGCAGGGCACCAUCUCCGAGUACACUGACCGCUUCCUGGACCUCGAGAAAGAUUUGGUUGCCAUGCGCGAGACGCUCAUUGGGCGCGACGAGCUCGACGCUGCGCAGCUCGAGAUCGCCCGCCUGCAGACGCAGCUCGAGGAGCGCACCAUGCACUCGCACUCCGUCGGCAAGGUCAGCGGCGACAGCGCCUUCUACCCGCACGCCUCGAGCGGCACCAAGGAUCACUCGCCCGACAGCUCCUGGGGCGAGGGCUCCGUGACGUGGUCGUCUGUGCACGCGCCUGCGUCGCAGGACAGCUACGUCGGCGCCGGCGUCGCCAGCCGCUCCGUCUCUGGCGCAUCUCGCACCACCAAUGUCGAGCAGAGCGCUGAUGGCUGGUGGUCGUAACCCCACCGCGCCGUGCUCGACUCUCACUCCGACCCACACUCCCUU